GGGAUUGAGCGUCAGACGAGUAACGCCCUUGUUUAGACGCGGAAUACCGCAACAUUUUCUUUAUUUCUAACAAGAAUGAGGAUUUUUGUUUUAUUCGCUUUAAUCGGACUCGGCGCCGCAGCGAAGCUCAUUAGCAUUCCGCUAGAACGGAACCCUUCCGCACGCAGUUCGAUGGAUGCCGUGGAACGGUCGAUAGAACGCACGAGAAAACGGUACAGCGGCAAAAUCCUCACAACUGAAGAUUUAGGAAAUUACUUAGACGCCCAAUACUUUGGUCCCAUUACUUUGGGAACGCCACCUCAAAGUUUCAGCGUCAUUUUCGACACAGGAUCCGCAAAUUUAUGGGUUCCUUCAAGCCAGUGCGUCGAAGAAAAUCUUGCUUGCAAGGUUCACAAUCAAUACAAUUCUUCGCUGUCCUCCACCUACACGCCGAAUGGAACAGAGUUUAGCAUCCAGUAUGGAACUGGAGCCAUGGAUGGUUUCCUAUCGACGGAUAUCCUUGGGGUGGCCGGAGUUCAGGUCAUCGAUCAAACUUUUGCAGAGGCAGUUCACGAGCCAGGAGCAGUUUUUAUCGCUGGCCAUUUCGAUGGUAUAUUGGGCAUGGCGUAUCCAAGUAUUGCCGUCCAGGGUGUUGUUCCAAUGUUCCAGAACAUGUUGGCUCAGGGUUUAGUAGAGGAGCCUGUCUUUUCGUUUUGGAUUAACAGAAAUGCUAGCGAUCCUGAGCACGGCGGUGAGAUCGUAUUCGGUGGAUCAAAUCCCGAACAUUAUGAAGGGGAAAUUAACUACCUUCCUGUGACACGUAAAGCUUAUUGGCAAUUCCACGCCGACGGUCUCGAUAUUGACGGAAUGCCCGAAUAUUCUUUUUGCACCGGCGGAUGUGAAAUGAUUUCUGAUACGGGCACUUCUGUUAUUGCCGGCCCAUCGGAGGAAGUAAGACUUCUGAAUUUGCUGAUUGGUGCAGUUCCCAUCAUCAACGGAGAGGCUGCCAUAAGUUGCCUUCGUAUUCCAUAUCUACCUGUCAUUACAAUUACCAUUUCUGGGCUGCCUUACACCCUGGAGGGAAAAGAUUACAUUCUUAAGGUUGAUGAUCCGGCUACCAACUCCAGUACCUGUAUUUCCGGUUUUAUUGAGCUGGACAUCCCACCACCGUCCGGACCUUUGUGGAUACUCGGUGAUAUGUUCAUCGGCAAAUAUUAUUCAAUUUAUGAUUUCGGUUUAGAUCGAAUUGGCCUCGCCACUUCUCGUUAGUGGUGUUCCUUGUUUGUUUUUUUUAACACUGUAAUAGUAAAAACAGAUACAAAUAGCAAAAGUGGGAUUACUUUGGCAAACAAAUAAAUCAUACAUAGCACGUG